AUGGCCAAGCAUACGCUGGGCGCUCGCAGCCUGGUCUGCCUCGCGGUGCUCUUUUACCAAGUCGGGCUUCUGGCCAAGUGGGACUUCAUCGGCCUGACAAGCAGGCUCUCUGUGAGGGCCGAUCCCCCUCGGCGGACCCUGCAAGCCACAGGGGGCUCCCAAGCAAAGGUCCUGGAGAAAGAGUUGCAGGAGGAGCUCGAGCAGGAGCCCAAGGAUGUGAAAGAUGUGAAGGAGGAGAGCAUGUCACGGGCAGCCCAGAAAACAGCCGAAACCAAGGAGCGGGUGGCCGAGAAGAAGCGCAGGAUGGAAAGCGAUGCGAAAGGAUCCAAAGGAGGCGAAGAAGAACCCAUGUUUGACAUGUUUGACGCCAUUGACUGGGCAGGAUAUGCCAAGCAAGCUCGGGAAAUGGCUGCAGAAGCUGGGAAGGAAGCUGCCAAACCAGGCGAGGCAAGCGCCGCCGCCCGUGCCCAAGAGUUGGCCUGGGGCUUCGCAGCCUCGGGCCUGGACGCUGCAGCCGAAGCUCCAGUGCUGGUCCCCGUUGCUGGUGCCACGCUCCUCCUGCUGCUGACUUUCUCCCUGACUUUCGGGCGCCCGGCUGAGACACCCCGACCGGUGCAGCGGCCUCAGGCAGCGCCUGUUCUGGUCGCUCAGACAGAAGCACCGGCAGCACCCAAGCGCCCAGUUACAGCUUCUACACCUGUGGCACCUGUGGCACCUGUGGCUCCUGCACCGGCCGCAGCCACUAAGCAGGAUUUGCCUUGGGCUCGCAACCUGGCCAAGUCUGCGAGAGAUACGUUGAAGACCGUCGCUGACGAGCUGCCUGCGGCCGUGCCGAUCGUGGAAGAAGGGCUGCCCAAAGCUGAGUCUGCCUUCAACUGGGUGUCAACUCUUACGCCGGAGAAUGCCCCAGAGAAGAUCGAGAAGGAUGCUCUGCCAGCAGCUGCGCAGCUUGCGGGAGAUGUUCUCCGAGCAGGAUUACGGGUUGGUGCCACAGGAUUGGACUUUGCGUCGCAGAACUUGCCAGCAGCAGAGGAGGCGUUGGGCAAGGCCGUAGAGAAGGGCCUGCCAGUGGCACAGUCCGCCCUGCGAGAUGCAGCAAAUGGCGUGCGGACUUUGGCCAAGGAGGGCCUUCCCGUCCAGCCGGAUGAAUCCAAUUCCGUCGUGCGUGCGCUGGUGUCGGCUGCGCCAGACGUGCUGUCAAGCACGGCCAAGGCGUUGGACGCCACAGCCGACGCAGCCCCACAGGUGACAGCAGUUGUUGGCCAGGCUGUGACACAAGUGACCCCCAUCGCACAGGCGACUCUUGGGGUUGCCUCGGACCUCGUCGAAGGGGCUUCGAACAUCCCUGGAUCAGCAGUUGAGCAAGCCGCCGGCAAGUUGGCCGACACGGUGAAGGCAACCUUACCAGAUGCCGCAUCCAACGCGAAGCAGUUGGUCGAGGCGGCUUCCACUGCCAUGACGAAGAAGUGA